AUGUCGAAGCUCGUAGCCGUCAUCGCGGGCGUGGGCCCGGGCACGGGCGGAGCGGUGGCCCGCAAAUUCGCGUCGGCGUACCCGGUGGUGCUGCUGGCCCGCAACCCGGACAACUACAACGACCUGGUCAAGGACAUCAACGGCGCGGGGGGCAAGGCCAUCGGCAUCUCGACCGACAUCGCAGACGCCGGCAGCGUCAGGGCCGCCUUCGACAAGAUCGGGAGCGAGUUUGGCGGCGAUUACGGGCUUGCUGCCGCCAUCUUCAACGCCAGCGGGCGCUUCGUGCGCAAGCCGUUCCUCGAGCUGAGCGAGGACGAGUUCAACGCCGGGCUCGACGUGUCGGGCAAGGGCGCCUUCCUGUUCGCCCAAGCGACGCUGCCGCGGCUGGUCAGCGCCGCCCCGCACUCCAAGCACCCGCCCUCGCUCGUCUUCACCGGCGCCACCGCCUCCGUCAAGGCCAACGCGCAAAUGGCCUCGUUCGCCACGGGCAAGUGGGCCCUCAGGGCGCUUUCGCAGAGCUUGGCCAAGGAGUUUGGCCCCCAGGGCGUGCACGUCAGCCACGCCAUCAUCGACGGCGUCAUUGACAUUCCCAGGACGAAGGAGUGGUUGAAGGAGGCCGGCCCGGAUGCGAAGAUCAGUGCCGAUGGCAUCGCCGACGCCUACUGGAACCUUCAUACACAGCCCAGAUCAACUCUUACUUGGGAGAUUGAUAUCAGGCCAUUUGUGGAGAAGUGGUAG